AUGGCCAUCUCAACAGCCAUCACCUCCCUCCUAACCUCCAUCACCGAACUGAUCCAAUCCCUCUUCCACGGCAUCUACUCCAUCUUCCACACCAUCUUCUCCGCUUUCUUCAGCCUUUUCUUUGGCCUGUUCGCCUUUGUCGGUGACUUGCUCAAAGGGGUUGCCAACACGUUGGGCGGCGUGGGCAAUUUUGUUGCUAGCAACUUCCUCAUCAUUGCUCUCAUUUCUGCCGCUGGUUUUGCCUACGUUCGCUACACCAGCCAAGGAGGCACGACUUCGGGACAAAAGGCGGCGAGUGUGGGCAGGAAGAAGGUCAAUUAA